GUGAUUAUGACUAAUUGUAUUGUAUGUUUACAUAUUGUUUGCUGAAUUGAAUUUGAAAAUGUGCCAAAUACGAACUAAGCUGAAAUAGAUGAAGUCCGCGAUAUAAGAAACGUAUCGGAAUAGUUUAUAGGUAGAGAUUUCAAUAGAUCAAAACAGAAAGAGGAAGUAAUUUGGAAAAAAGGAAUGCGAUCUAGUUUUACUUUCUAUUUUGGUUCAUAAUUUUAUUUCACUUUUAUUUAAAUGAUAAUCGACCAAAAUAUUAAAUGGUAUUUAUUAAUCAUAAACUUUAUACACAAUUCUAAACAAUAUGACGACUGGUAGUUCAGACAUUGAUCUAGUUACAGAAUACUUGAUUAGUGUUAAUAGGGAAAACAAGGGUGACUUAAAGUUAAAAAAUGCUAUUGAAGCACACAAUGAAUUUAAGGAUAAGUUUACAAAGUAUAAAAAGUUUUAUGAUGAUCACCAGCGACAUGAAGGUCUACAGGCUACACCAACUUCACAGGAUGCUCCCAAAUCACACGAAAAACUACGGACUGAAAUUGAGAAACUGAACUUCGAAAAAGAAAAUAUGCGAAAACAAAUUGAAGAACUACGGACAAGGCUAAGUACUUUGGCAGGCCAUAAAAUGAUGGACGGAAAUCCUGAUAUUGCAGAUUUAAGCGAUCCGUUUAGACCGACAAAGCUCGCCGAAGAAUUUCGAGAAAUUUACGACGAUGACUGGACGCAUGCUUUUGAAGAACUGGACACAAAUUCUAAACCUGAAAGUGACAAUAUAGACACUCUUACUUACCUCAUAAAGGAAAUUCAAACAUUUUGCACAUACUCCAGUUCACAACAAAUUAUUGCAAUGGAAAAAGUAUGUAAAGACGAGUUGGUAAAUCCAAAGGUUCAUAUCCUAAAACACAGCGAAAAAAUGUGCGGAAAGACACCAUCAGAGAUGAAUAAUACACAGUUAGAAAUCACACACAGAAUGAUAUGUGACCUGAGGAAGUCUAUGGGAACUUUGUCUGUUAGACCAUUGGUCCAGAUAUUUCAUGAAAAAUGGGUGAUAAGAAUGAAACAGGAAGAGAAGUUACCAUCCACUUCCAAACAUAUUGAAAAUUUUGUAGCAAAGGCAUUUGAAGUUAUAUGGCUGAUGACGAUUCAGAACCCGCCAAUGGUAUUAAAGUGGCAGAAGUGUGGUGAACCGGUUGACAAAGAAAGAUUCACUUUCUAUACAAAAAGAGGGAAUACAAUUAAACAAACAGUAUGGCCUGCAGUGUUACUUCAUGAAUCCGGACCUCUGAUGUCGAAAGGUGUCGUUCAAGCACAAUAAAAGGACAUUAAAUAUCCGAGCAGACGACAGAAAAAAAGGAUGUUGUAUAUAUUUGAUACUGUAUAACUAUAAUGUAUUAUUUUUUUAGAUUAUAUUUGAAAAUAAUGUGAUAUUUUUAAAAGAAAUUUGAUGUGCAUGCUUGAUAUAAUACUGUAUUCCGUUGAGUUUUGUUUGUUAUAAUGAAGUCGAACGGAUCUGAAUGUAGACUUUCCGGCUCUUCCUCCUUGUGCAUUAUUUCAGAAUUAUUCAUUAGUCCAAAAAACGGCAAGGGACUUUAGCUAGAAGUCCAAAGUCGACGAUCAUAACCUCUUUCUAACGCAGGGUCCUACGUGCUGACCUCUUAAACAUAUAUUAAACAAUGUUAUAAAAUAUUAUGGUUGUAUGUGGUCAAUAAGACUAAAAUCAGUUUCUAAAUAUUGUUAUGUAAGAUCCUAACUUGUUUGAAUGUGUAUGCAGUUUUGUUUUUGAUUUCUUAAUACGGUUAUUUUUGAAUCAGUAAAUAAUUUGUUCCCAGAUGAAAUGUGACAAUUAUAUUGUUCCUAUAUAUAAGAUACACUUACCUUUGUAAAUUGAUACAAAUGACUAAACAAAAUUGAUGUCUGCAAAACUAAACUAAGCUUCUGACGGAGCACAAAUUAAAUGGCUAAGAUAUGGCCGAGGGAAGAGUUAUCCAUUCAUAUGGUUAGAUAUAAUGGAGACAUUAUUAAUUUAUUUUCCCUUUAAUCAGUUAAUUUAUCGUCUUUCGGAAACACUUUAAUGUUCUUCGGUAAGUUGAAAUUUAACAAUUUGAGAGACCUUGUUCCGAAUCCGAUCCAGAGGAUUUAACAUUGAAUUCGGCUAUGAUAAUACUAAAGGGUGCGAAAUGUUAAUCCUUUACCUGCUGGGGAAUAUCACUGACUGCAAAUAUAGAGACAGGCCUAUUGACCAGCUCAAUUUUGAAAACAUUUGAACAUUAUUUAACUUCCGAAAUUCAAAGAACGGCAAUUCUAUUAUGAAAAUAACAAAUAAUUAAAUAACCCAAACGUGGCAGGUAUGUUAAUAUGUCUUGUAUGAUUACAUUGAUGCAUUUCCAAAACUACGAACACUGUGUCAAGACAAAAUAAGGUUUCGUUGUUUAAUGUUGAUAUUUUUUAAUCCUAAUGUUAUGGAUAUUAGCUGCUUUGAUUCCGAACUUUCCUUUUAAAGUUCUGGGGAUUUGAAAUACAAUAGUUAAGCUACCAACAGCUUUUAGGCUAAUUAAAAAUAUUCUAACUUAAUCAUACAAUUCUUAUGUUCAAAUGAUUGCAUACACGAGUGACUGUUUUGUUUUAUAAAGUAGUGAACAGCUCAAAGCUCAGUUCAUGUGAUAUAUCGACAAUAUUGUUAAUGUUAUUGAAACGGAAUAAAAGUAAACAAAUAAUG